AAAUACCGAUAAACUCGAUAGAGAACGGUCGAUAGCUGAACCGACUGGCUUUGAUGUAAUAUGGCCAUCCUCCAGGUCUAGUAUGAUGUAUGCUAACUGGAAACAGUUUGUAGGUGACCCGUUGAUGCCGAAAGAAUGGCCACGUCGAGCUCGAAUUGGCCUGAAUGGAUUCGGGCAACUGGCCCGAACACUAUUAAGAUGCGCCCUGGAGGAUAAUCGUGGCCUUGACGUAGUGGCUAUCAAUGAGCCGAAUCUAACGCCUGAACAAAUGAUAUAUCUGUUCAAAUAUGACACAAACCUUGGACCGUUUGCAGGAUACAUCAGUGAACGCGUUGAAGUGGCCUAUGCAAAGGAAGAUCAAAAUGGCGAGUACAGUAACAUUCAGGUGGCUGGCAGAUGGAUUGGAGUAUUUCACUGUAAACAGCCGGAGGAUAUUCCUUGGAACUGGCUAGGAGUGGAAUAUGUACUUGAGAUGACUGGGGAGUUGAGGCAUUUGAAAGAAGCGACGAAGCAUCUGACAGGAGGAAGAGCGCGCAAAGUCCUUGUUGUGGGUGAUACAGUUGACAUUCCACUAUUGAUGUAUCCCAUCAGCUGUCGGGGCUACCAGCGUGGAACAAGCGUAGUAGCAAGCGGAUCCCCCAUGGCUCACGCAGUGGCAACCAUCGUCUCUCUGGUGGACGAAAUUUGUGAAAUGGAAGACUGUAUGGUGACUCUGGUUCUACCGGUUGGUGACUGUCAAAAUUUGAUUGAUGGUGCAACGAAGGAUGCUAGAAAUUGGAGAAUGGGUCGGGCUGCAAAGCAAAGCAUCAUCCCAGGUCGUUGUCCAACCGUACUCCAGUCCGUUUUUCAAGCUAUUCCGAAACUGAACGGUCGGUUAAAUGCAAUAACAAUGCAUGUGCCGGUAUUCGAGGGUGCGGUAGUCGAUUUGACGUUUCGUACAAUGGAUGUAUUGAACGGUGUGGGUGACGUUGUUGACAGAAUAACAAAGAACUCGCUUUUAUUACAGUACAAUGACUUGCAUAUCAAAACGCAGCCAUUUCGAGACAAGGGAUCUUGUUUCAGUCAGUUAAAGAAAGCUUCUUCCUCUGCCAGUUCAAUGGCUGAUUCAGUUCGUCGUGAUUCAGAUCAGACCCUCUCACAAUCAUCUGGACCGAAUGUGGUUGCUGGGACCGACAUUAAUCCCACUAUUCAGAUGCCAGAUGGACUAACGUCAGUUCUAAUGCCAGUGAAUAAAGAAGACGCAUACGUUUCAUCUGACACGACUGCCAAACACACGCUUUGUUUGCUGAGUGUGGACUGUUGUUUCGGCAUACCGGCGGGCAACACAUUUAAACUGGUCACCUGGUUCGACCUCGGCGUCAGUUAUUGUGAACGUCUACUGGACACAGUGGUAUUCAUGCGGAGUAUUGAUCAUAUUUAAAGAGAACUCACAACCAGUGGGUGGACCAACAACAAACACUGAUUUCCUGCUCUUCUGAAAUAUAUGAGCGACCAAGCACUUUCAUCCUAUCAUCGAAAAAAAAC